CUUUCGUGAAAGGUGUUGCAUCGUUAGAAUUUGGAUUGGAGAUUCACUUUCACUCUUCUUGUGAGUCGUGGCAAAUUCAUAGCGGAGUGCUUUGCAAUGGCACGAGGACAGCAGAAAUUGCAGUCGCAGGCCAAAGCUGCCGAAAAGUUGGCUAAACAGAAAAAGCAGCAGGGUCACAAUGCCAAUACCCAGAAGAAGGCUGCACAAGCGGCGCUUGUGCAUGUCUGUGUAGUGUGCAAGGCACAGAUGCCAGAUCCGAAGACAUACAGGCAGCAUUUUGAAAAUAAGCAUCCCAAAAAUGAACUUCCACAAGAUUUAAAGGAUAUUGCUCUAUGAUAUAACAGUUGGCAAUUCUGCCAUUAUGUAUGUACUAAUUUUUCUAUGGGGAACAAUAAACAGUGGACAGUAAACAACUGUGGUGCGAGUUCAUCUUGACAUAUGCACAGUAUUAUUGAGUGUGCAAAAGGGGGGGAUGAAUUUUAGAACAUUCUUCCAUUUACAUAACUAAGCUGUAUCCUGUGAAACAAUUUUUACAAUUGCAUUUCUGAAACUAUAGCUAAUUUUAGUGAUUGCAUGAUACUCAUUUGCACUAUUUGAAAAUAAAUGAACUUGUAAAGUUUAAAAACUGAGCUCACAAUGUUCUGUUAGUUCAUUUGAUAUCUAUACCAUAGUCUACUAUAGAUGUACGGUAACUACUAAAUGCUUCACCUGUUCAGAAAAAACUUUUAACAAAUAUUUCUUCAUAUGGUUAAUGCCAAAAUAAAUAUUUAAAAAAGUUAUGUAAACUGCACAGGCAGGAGUACUCAAUAUUUUGUUGACUGUUUCUAUGUAUCCAGCAAAUAUUUUACAUUCCAGUUUACCUAAGAUGGUGUAAUCAGAGCAUCAGUAUCUUACUCAUUUUUGUCACCAGCUCUUCUAUUGUGAGAAAUAUUGAGUUAUCCUUGUUUCUUUAUGGCAGUACUGUGUAUUAUCAGUACAGUGGUCUUCGUGUCCUUGUGCUGAACUGCAUAAUGCUUUCAAAUCUUCCAACCCCAAUUUUUUCAUAAUUUGUUGGGAAUAUUGUCUUGUGAAUGUUAAGCAGUGUAGUAAUCAUUUUGUUAAAAUAUUCAAUUUUAUGGUUGUUUGAAAGUGGACAAAUUUGCUGAAAGAUUUAUGAUCUCUACUUUUUAGUAAUAGUAAAAAGUGUUGUGAAAUAUAGUCUAUAUAAAGUGUGAUGCAAAAAAUUUUAAUAUGUAAAGUUUGCAGAGAAAAUCGUUAUGGCUGCUAAAUAACUUCGUUCUGCUGUGCUGUGAGGUACUUUUGUGUUUAAGUAUGCUUUUGGAUUUCUUCUUGGAAACAAAUAUAGCUUCAGGAGUUAAAUUACUUGGAAGUGAAAUUUUCUGUAGCAUUACGUACUAUAAAAUUUAUUUAUUCUA